AAUUCAGGUGCCUUGAGACCAUUUGAGGAGUGGAAAACCACAACUUGCUUGUAGAAUCCUGUCAGCUCAUUUCUGACCACAUAGGACCAUCUGCUCUAGUCUGGCCAGUUAAAGCUGGGCAGAGUUGUUUGAAACAGUGAAGCCAGCUCCUCAGAUUGUAUCAAGAGUUUUCACUAUAGGAAGGCAAAGACAAGAUCCAGCACAGCCUGGCCUGGAGUAUACCAAAAACUGAGAUGUGGAGUGACUCCUAACCACCUUGUCACAGCUGCCUGUGAGGGCCCCACAGCCUGUGUCCUGGGAGCUGUCCUGGAUGAUCGCCCGCAGGAUGUCCAGCCAGGACCUGAGCAUCACUGCAAAACUCCUCAAUGGAGGUGUAGCAGGUCUCGUGGGGGUGACCUGCGUGUUUCCCAUUGACCUUGCCAAGACCCGACUGCAGAACCAGCAGGGGAAAGAUGUGUACAAAGGAAUGACAGAUUGUCUGAUGAAGACCGCACGUGCUGAGGGCUUCUUGGGCAUGUACCGAGGGGCUGCAGUAAACCUCACCCUGGUCACUCCAGAGAAGGCAAUCAAGCUGGCAGCCAAUGACUUCCUGCGGCAGCUGCUCAUGCAAGAUGGGACGCAGCGGAACCUGAAGAUGGAGAUGCUGGCCGGGUGUGGGGCUGGAAUAUGCCAGGUGGUGAUUACCUGUCCCAUGGAAAUGCUCAAGAUUCAGCUGCAGGAUGCUGGCCGCUUAGCUGUCUGUCAUCAGGCUUCUGCCUCAGCCAGGCCCACCUCCCGGCCCUACAGCACUGGCUCGACUUCCACCCACAGGCGCCCGUCCGCCACCCUCAUUGCCCGGGAGUUGCUCCGCACUCAGGGCCUCUCUGGUCUCUACAGGGGCCUGGGUGCCACUCUCCUCAGGGACAUUCCCUUCUCCAUCAUCUACUUCCCUUUGUUUGCAAACCUGAACCAACUCGGGGUCACCGAGCUCACAGGCAAGGCUUCCUUCACACACUCCUUCGUGGCAGGCUGCGCAGCAGGUUCUGUGGCAGCGGUGGCUGUCACCCCUCUGGAUGUUCUGAAGACUCGAAUCCAGACCCUCAAGAAAGGCCUGGGCGAGGACACCUACAGUGGAGUCACUGACUGUGCCAGGAAGCUCUGGACACAGGAGGGAGCAGCGGCCUUCAUGAAGGGAGCAGGCUGCCGUGCCCUGGUCAUAGCCCCCCUCUUCGGGAUCGCCCAGGGCGUCUACUUCAUCGGCAUUGGAGAGCGCAUCUUAGAGUGCUUUGAGUAAUCUAAUGUCACUUCCUGCUGUCGCCUCUGGCCCUAGGGAACCAGGCGGCAGUGCUGGAAGAUGCCCACCCUGACACACAUGGUCUUUAACUUGUAGUGCUACCUCAGAAGAAAUGACCCAUUUUACUAAGUGAGUAGAGCCCUCAUCUUCCUUUAUGAAAAUUCAACUUUGUGGUACAGCCUACCAGGGACGUUCAGAAGCCCCUACCACCUAUGUCUAAUCAUAGAACUGGCCUGUGCCUAUGGCGGGACCAUGUGCAGUGAGACAGAAGGGCUGUUGUACACUAACAUUCCCUCUGCAGCCAAGCGCAGCACAGAAUCGUCCUGUGAGGGUUUAGUGUCACUCCCAGCCCCGAUGCUAUGACAGAUCAGAAGUGCACCUCGGCUGAAAGUGUGCCCUCCUGAGCAUCACCAAUGCUCAAGUGAGCCUGAAUGAGCACUCUGGCCACCUCAGCAGCUGUCCUAGCCCAGAUACCCAUCCUGAGGUAUGGGCCGAGAUCCCUCCUCAUGGAUACUGUGGGACAUAGUCUGAAAUAAAGCUGGUUAAACCCUUGUCCUGUAAUCAGCACAGCAGAUUACUGGCUUGUAGGGCCACAUCAGCUCUACCAUCUUCCACCUGCUGUUCAAGAGUGGAGAGUGGCUUGGGGGGGGGGCGCAACUUUUCACUGAAAGAGUUUGGCUUUAUAAAAAUAAUUACUAAUUUAUAUGU